AUGCAUAUAUCGUGUGAUAAGAACUGGGAGAAAUGGGAAAAGUUUCGAGAAAAAAAGAUGCAAAUGAUGAAAGUACAUAAGUACAACGUAGAACAACGUCUUCGAAAUGAAACUCAAGAUCGCGUAUAUUAUAGGCAUCAUUUUAAUUACCAUCCUGUAAAAAGACCUAAACGAAAAACAUCACUAGAGCCCAAUUGGUACACCGAAAAUAUCUAUUCGAAUCAGUCGAUAGAUAACUCGGAUGGAGAACAAGCUUUAGCCGUGGUACAUAGCUAUCAGCCCAAAAAACCUCAUGCCUAUCGAGACAUCAACGGAAAUUUCGAUGAGGAUUUGGGCGGAAUCUUUACUAUAGGUGCACAAUUUGAACGGACAAACAACUACCCUAAAUCAAAUAGCUGUUGUUUUGGUGGAAGUAGUAGCUUAGCAAUUAACAAUGUUAGAUAUAAAAUUCCUAAAUCUCACUCGUUUAGCACUUCCAGGAGUAUGGGAGUCGGCUUUAACUUGAACAAAACAUACAAUCGGAAUAGUUUCGAAAUGACUGAGUUUCCUGGACAUGCUUUAUCCGACUCGGGUCGAUUGAACCAUUACAACGGUCUCAAACCGUUGGGAAUGCGUAUUUGUGAUCGUGAAGGUUGCUUCAAUGAAACGUGCUUUAGUAAGGAUACUAAGAAUAUUCAUAAUAACAAUAAUAAUAAUCUGAUGAACGAGUGGAAUCAGCGGAAUCGAAAUAACAUUAGACGACGUUUAGCGAGUGCAAGACCGCAGCAUGUCAUGGAAGAGGAUUUUGAUUUGUUCGAAGAUGACGAGGAAAGCGACCUAAAUAUGUACAACGACGACAACUCGAUCGUAUUUGAUGAGUUCGACGACCAUGAAUACUACGGUGCUGCACAAGUCACAGCCGAUUUUGAUGAGUUUUACCGAAACGAACGAGCCAAGCAGGUGCUACGUGGCAAAUUUGACCGAAUCAGUAAGUAUACCGACGACUUCACCGAUGAUUAUCACAAAUCCUUUGAAGACAUAUUCAAUCAAAAUUGCUAUAUCGAACAAAGGUAUCAGGUUAAAGGCAAUAAUUUUUUUUCAAAACCUCAUGUUGCUAAGAAUAAAAGUAUGCUGGAAGUGAAACCACCGAGUAAAUAUGACGAUACCUCAUCUGAUUCUACCGAUUUGGAGUUGGAUGAUUUUAAUUUUGAUUUCGAAAAAUACUGGGAAGAGCUGGAGAAACCAUCGCCUACUUCACCAAGUGAACUCACAGCGAAAUAUCCGCCACUAGCAUCCAAGAAGGUGAAAAAUGUUAACAUUAAUCGAUACAACAAUGGAACUGUGAUAGACAUCUAUCAUGAUGAUGAUCCCUACCAUUCGGAUCAUUUUCAUUAUCGCGAGGCUAACGAUAAAAAUCGAAAACAUGAUUCUUUCUCACCUUCAUCCGUUAAUAAGUUUGGUAAAAAAGUAUACCCAGAAAGAAAUAACAUAGGUAAUGAUUCAAAUAAAGCCCCUUGCAGUAAAAGAAAUAACAUUAGCAAUAAUAAUAAUGCAAUUAGUUUUUUGAACAACAUUUUUUCCAUCUAUAAGCCAAGCAAAUACUCGCCACUCAAUUGCCACGUAGAGCAGAAUUAUUUAAAAAAUAUCCCUGCCAAAAAGAUGAACAUAACUAGUUCAGCUAGACCGCUUGGAGCACCUCGGAGUGAUUCGGAGAAUUCAGCUAAACGCCCACUAACAGUUCAUCCAUCUAAACAGUACUCGCAACGCUCAUAUCAAGGAAGCCGUAACCAAAAGGAUCCUCAAGCCAAGUUCCAAAUUAUCCCAGACAAAACGGGUUUGAAAAUAUCACCAUUAUACGUAUCGAGUGCCGACUAUCGAAAAGCAAGAUAUAAACUAAAAAGUACAUCCCGCCCACUAUCCUUUUGGUGAUAGUUGCUCGACUGUUCGUAUUAUUCGGAUGGCCGACUGGAUGGAGUACCCGUGGUCAAGAAGACACGCAGAACCAAAUAUCUCAAGUACUGAAAAAAUUCAUCAAUCAGAGUGUUAUACAAUAAGUCAUAUGCACACUAAUAAUGUGACGUCAUUCAGUUUUAUCUACCGCCAUAUAAAUGUUUCUAAAAAAAACUCACAUCAGAUUAUUAUUCAACUUUUAUACCAUUAUAAUCUUAUGUAGUUUAACCUGAAAGUAAGAACAAUGUGAACCACCUACCAAAAUGUACAUCCUGUACUGUAAAUAUCCAUCUUCGAAUGUUAAAAAUGCAACUUUUAAUACCUUUUUAGAGGAUUCGAUCUUACAAAACACCACCAAAUCACCUACAACUUCACAUAGUAUACAUAGAAAUUAAAAUCGAACAUCAAUAUACGAAACCAUGUUUUAAAAUAUCAAUAUUGUUUCGGUUGAUUAAAACAUUCCUAAUUUGAAGCAUACUACGGUACAUGCACGCAUCUAAACAAUAAGUUCCAAUCAGAAUCUGGGAAACAGAUACCACAUUUAUUAAACUUGUUUUUAUAUUUCUAAAUUAAAAUAAACACGAAGUGAAGCUUAGUUGAAUCUGUUGACAGUACAAUAUAUUGUUGAUUUUGUACUCUGAAGACGAUGAAAAAAUCAACACGGAAAUAACCAAGUUGGCGUUGAAUAUCUGAAUAAUGCGAACACUGCGAUUCGGUCGCAAUUUAAACCCUUUGAUGAUUAUGUGUUAUUUUUUGUCCAUAGCUCGCCACGAUUUCAGAAGAGAAGGUUAUCUUCGCUUGAGUGCUUUCUAUUUCUUUCAAACAGUUUCAAUCAGAUGAUUAAAUCGGAAUUAAUCAGCAUUCCAUACGUUUUCUGUGACAAGAAAUGACAUAUGAUCCCCAAAGGAUAACUUGAAAGCAUAAGGAAUUGACUGCUGGAAUAAAUCUUCUUCGUAUAUCUAAUUAGAUGGUAUUUCUAAAUUAUUUGUACAGAGAAGAUGUUAUCUCGAGCAGCUAUUAAGAAUUGCAACUAAGUGCACGAAAAUAAUAAUUUCACGCCACACCCAAUAGUAGAAAAAGCAGAGCUAUUCGGUUGAUUUUUACAGCGAUUUACUUCAGUUGCGGACAAAUAUGAAUACAACUGCACGCAAGCAAAAUAUUGCAUGAAGUAUAGGUAUGAGAUAUAUACAUAGCAUUUCCUGUGCGUUUCUUCACAUAGUUUAUUGACUAAGUUUACUGAUUCAUAACAUUCUAUAUAAUCAAACCUGAAAAGCUUAUGUAGAAUGUUAUACUCAUAAUCAUCCUUAUUCUAAAUUACGGUGUAUUGAUUUUUGAAGCGAACGCAACUUAUCAGUUAGCCGGUUAUCAAAAAACAAUGUGCGUGUUUCACAAAUGUGUUUUUUGAUGUGCGUGUUUCACAAAUCUCGUUGUCUCUCUAACUACUAAGGUAAAUGUACCUAGUUUAGAUAAACUGGGUAAACGAUGUUACGGUAAACUAAACGAUCCCGGCUGCUCAUUGACCGACUCGGACUGCGUCAUUUUGCGCAACUGAAUUUGUCCUACCCUAGUCAUGAUCAACUUUUAGAUCAAAAUAAUGGUGCUUCACAGCAACUGGGCUUCAACCUAGCAAAUACAUAUAUUCUAACUAUGAGUAGACCGGACGAACGAACGGAAGCUAGUUCGAACAGCACACGCAUCAGAAUGAUGAAUAUUUUUUCUUGCGCUCGGAUAUCGGAUAAGCAUCCAAAUUUCAUUCAUAUUCGUAUUAACGGUAGCAAAAUCAAAAAGAAUUUGGUAUCAAUCACAUCACAUUUGAUCGAUUAUCGAUUAUCGCCGUAAUUUAUAAUGAAGGGUGAGGGUUUUUUUCCCUAAACAUAAUGUAAAAUGAAACGGAACGAUUUCGUCUUUCUCAUAUAGAAAUGGCAUACAAUAAGAUUGGCAAAUCAACAUUUUAACUGAAUCCCGAAUUACAAUUUAUUUUGCUUUCCAAGAACUUUUAAAAUAGAUUUAUUAUAAUAUGGCUGAAACUCUCUCUCUCUCUCUCUCUCUCU